AAUCUCGGCGGAUGUAGUAGACCAUCCGGGUAUUUUUCGGCUACUAUUUUUUGCAUCCUGAAGUUUCGGAUAUACUAUUCAUGCAUCAUACUCAUUUUCGCCUACUAUAUAGUACGGAAGUAGGCGAUUUCGGGCGCAGCACUGGUGCACUGGAAAUGCUGCGGGCGCCAUCUUCCGGCGAGACGGGGGAAUUUCAUUUAGCGCGAGCAUCACGAGCGAUAGAUGGCAAACAGCUAGCCAUGCGGUUGCCUUGGAGUUGGACGUGUCUUUUGUUACUGUCCAUCUCCAUAGUAACCUGGGCCCAGGAGGAGGAACUGGAGGACGAAGAAGAUGCUCUUGUGGAGGAUGUUGAUGUGGACAUGGAGACAGACAGUAACGAGAACACGGAGGCAGACACUAAUGUUUCUUUCCAGGUAACAUACAAGACCCCAGUUCCGACAGGAGAUGUGUUCUUCGCCGAGACGUUUGAUGAUGGCUCUUUAAGCAGCUGGCAGCUCUCUAAAACAAUGAAGGAGGAUGCCGACGAAGAUAUUGCAAAAUACGAUGGUAAAUGGGAGGUUGAACCCCUAAAGGAAAACAAGGUGUCCGGUGAUUUGGGUUUGGUGCUUAAGUCCCGUGCUAAGCACCAUGCCAUUGCUGCUCCGCUUAACCGACCCUUCGUCUUUAAGAACAUGCCUCUCAUCGUCCAAUACGAGGUCAAUUUUCAAGAUGGCAUUGACUGUGGAGGUGCUUACAUCAAGCUUCUGUCAGACUCAAAAGACUUGGAGCUGGAGCAGUUUCACGACAGGACACCAUACAGCAUCAUGUUUGGGCCGGAUAAAUGUGGAGAGGACCACAAACUGCAUUUCAUUUUCAGACAUACAAAUCCCCUUAAUGGAGAUAUAGAAGAAAAACAUGCCAAACGACCUGAUGUUGAUCUGAAGAAGUUCUACACGGAUAAAAAGACUCACCUCUACACUCUUGUUUUAAAUCCAGACAAUAGCUAUGAGGUCUUUAUAGACCAGUCAAGUGUUAGCAAAGGAAGCCUGUUGACGGAUGUCGUUCCACCUGUGAACCCUCCCAAAGAGAUUGAUGAUCCCAAAGACUCGAAGCCUGAGGACUGGGAUGAGAGAGCCAAAAUCCCAGACCCAGAAGCUGUCAAACCUGAUGACUGGGACGAGGAUGCCCCAGCUAAGAUUCCCGACCCUGAUGCAGUGAAGCCAGAAGGGUGGCUGGAUGAUGAACCAGAGUUUGUGUCUGACCCCACCUCAGAAAAACCAGAUGACUGGGAUGAGGAAAUGGAUGGAGAAUGGGAAGCCCCUCAGGUGCCAAACCCAGUGUGUGAAACCGCUCCGGGCUGCGGUGAAUGGAAGUCACCCAUGAUUAAUAAUCCUGAGUAUAAGGGCAAAUGGAAGGCACAUCUCAUAGACAACCCCAAUUACCAGGGUGUGUGGAGUCCACGAAAGAUCGCAAACCCUGACUACUACGAGGAUCUUCACCCGUUUCGAAUGGUGUCAUUCGGAGCUGUGGGUCUGGAGCUUUGGUCUAUGACCUCCGACAUUUACUUUGAUAAUUUCAUUAUUACUUCUGAGAAGGAAGUGGCAGACCGCUGGGCAGCAGACAGCUGGGGACUGAAAAAGCUUGUUGCUAGCGCCAACGAGCCUGGAGUGUUGAGUCAGUUGACGCUGGCUGCUGAGGAAAGGCCUUGGCUGUGGGUGGUUUACAUUCUUACCGUUGGUUUGCCUAUUGGCCUGGGUGUGCUCUUUUGCUGGCCGAAGAAGUCAAAUGAUGACUACGUAUACAAGAAAAUUGACCAGCCCAAGUCGGUACAAGAGGACGUAGUGGAAGAAGAAGAAGAAGAAGAGGAGGAGGACGAGGACGAUGAUGACGACGAAGCGGAGGAUAAAGGAAAGGAUGAAGAUGACGCAAAAGCAGAGGAUGCAACUGAUGCUGCUGUGGAUGAGAAUGGUGAUGGGAUUGAGAAGAACCUGGAAAAUGGAGGAGAUACAGAAGAAGAAGAUGAGGAUGAGGAGGAGGAGGCCAGUAAGCCAAAGACCAUGCCCUCAGAGGAUGAAAUGAAGGAUGCUGACGAAGGAACUCAGAUCUCAAAAGAAGAACCCAAAGCUGUCAGAAAGAGAAAAGUACGGAAGGACUGAAGACCCCCGGUUUUCCCAAGUUUUCCCUCCUUUCUCAUUCCUCUGCCUCUUUUUUGCUGCAUGCUUUCGGCAGUAUGCCCUUUAGCAUGCAAAAAAACGGCAACCCUAGCCGCUCUUCUAAAGAGGUCAUCAUUCAUCUGAUGUCAUCUCGCUUCCCUUCUUCAAGUCUUCCGCUUCAUUCUUAUCGGUUACAGUUUAGAUUUAAAUCUAAACGUCAGCCCUGCUGAGUUUGAUCUCUGACUUUUUCCUAUUUUUUCCUUUUUUCAAUUACAAUUCAAGUAGUAUCGAGCCUGUGUUUCCCUGCUAGUAAGUGAUCAGAGUACCGUGAAGGGAAAUAUAGUGGCGUUUUAGAAAGAAAAACUAGUUUAUGAUAACAUCUACAUUUUAGUUCUUUAAGUUAUUAAAAAGGUCAGUUAUUUGUGUUAUAAGUUAAGAGCUUUUUAACAUGAUCAAAUCACACUGGUUGUAUUUAUUGUUUGUCCCUCGUUUGACAAAAGAUGCAAUUGAAUUUAGGCAUAGGACUUUUAAAUCUAGCUUUCUACCGCAUUGCCACAGUAAGCAGGCUGUGGAAAAGAGCUCCGUGAGACCAGGGGCUGUUUUUGGCGAAACGUCUAAGUCAGAAGAGUGCUAUGAGUGGAUCAGUAUUACUUUUUUGACAUUCAAGUCGUUACGCACAGUCAAAGGUGAUCCCAGGUCAGCGUUAUCUCCGACACACUAACCGCAGACUAUAGUACGCACACUGAAAACUAUCCCGCCGAUUCCUGUUUGACAUUAGACUGACCAACAUGUAUGAAACUAUUGAAGUUUAAAAGCAGACACAAACAAGUAGUUUUGUUUUUCUGCUUUUUUAGGUUACGUGUUUAGCCUUAUGAGAACAGCCUUUUGUUUACAUGUUUGCAAGCUGUUCAUUGCUCUUGGAAAUAAUAAAUAUUUACUAUAAAUGUG